AUGUUUCUCCUAUUAGCUUUGGGACAGUCCUAUUCAAAGUCUGUAUUUGGCCAUCAUGGCACAGAUUCAGUAAUGAUAAGAGACCCAGAUUCACUUCAACCCCUUGAGGAAAUUGAAAAACCAAAUCCUCCUCAUAUCAGAGAGGCAAAGUAUACAGAUCCAAUUGAAGAUAAUCAGUAUCCAUGGCCAGGUCAUAAAAGAACUGCAGAUAUUGAAAAGCUUCGCAACGAAACUCAAAAAAUUUUUAAUAAUUUUUGCAAAGGAUAUAACAAAUUAGAACAAUCAAAGGCUUACCGACAUCCUGCUGGCAUUAAACAAUUCAACGGUAAUGAAACAUGGAUUAAUAAUGCCACUAGACACAAAUACAGAUUUCUAAUUAACAAUAAACGCAUGGGUUAUCAUCCUACAGGCAUUUAUGUACCACCUGGAGAAGUUAUUUCAAUCGACAUACCAGGAAACACUAUCAAACGCAUUGUAGUUCAAUUUAAUCAUCAUACACAUGAUCAAAAUAAUUAUAAUACUCGUCUUGGCAGACUUAAAUGUAGGUUCACAUUAAAUUCCCAACAUACAGAGUUUGCAUGGCCAUAUGGCGGUAAUCUUGAUCUAGUCACAUAUCAAGAUGAAUUUCCAUUAGGUUUUGAAGUCAAUAUCUCUGGCGGUAUUAGAAUGCCACAUUUCAUAUAUGGCGUUAACACAGAUGAAGAGUGGGAAACUGAUCUUCGCAAACUUGCUGCUCCAUUGACAACAUUUGAUACAGGCACAUUUCUUGCACGGAUGCCAACACAUAAUAUAAGAGGAGCUGUAUGUGUCAACGAUGGCAUGAGAUUCUGGCAAACUGUCUCAUGGAAUUCCUAUGACGUAAAUGAAGUCACAAGUGUUAAUAGAAGAGAUGGCAACGUCAUUAGACCAUUGUUUUACAACUUCGAUUCUUAUGUCCCUGCUGGUGCUGCUGUCGCUUUUGUCGGAGGUAAUUUCAUUCAAGCACCUCCAAGCUGGGCUGGUGGCAUAGUGAACUAUGACAGUGCUAAAUGGGGAUGCUGGGGACUUUUACACGAAUACCAUCACCACUUCCAGAGUGGAUGGGGAUUUGCAAAUCCUGGCGAAGUUACCAACAAUGUAUUAAACCUCAUUGAUAUGGUACUUAUUUGCGAGAUUGACUCAACCAGACAAGUAAACUUCAACGGAGACUACGUUGGCAACAAAGAUGGCUGGAAUAGAAUGUCAUAUCAGUACAAUACUAUUAAUAACGGCGAUUUGCUUAGCUUCUAUGGUAAUAAUGUCUAUUACUUUGGCUCCGAACUCCAAAGAAAGUGCCUUAAGGAACACAUUACUCAAAAACAUUACAAACGUAAUGAAGUUGGCGGAUAUGUUUCUGAAUUCUUAUUAACAUGCGCCAAAGUAUUCAAACGUGAUAUGAGAGCCUACUUCUCAAGAUUCAGUUUCGUUAAUAUGCAAACAAUGGUCUCAGAAUUUUGCAACCAAACACUUGACCAAAUGAGAAGAGAAAACAAGAUUAAGGAGUUCCAUCCAUUGGCGACAAUAUAUGGAACAGGAUACGUUCUUGACGGAUAUGAGUUUGAGACUGCAAAACCAUUCAGAAUUGCAGCAGGCGCACCAUACUACUUUGACUUCCAAAAGUAUAUGAGAUCAAAGAAUGGAAUGCACACAUUCUCAUUCAAGUCAUGCAGAGCUACAAAGGGCACAUUAACUCAAAUCUCCGGUGCCAGAUACAAAUUUGUUCCUGGCGAUAGAAAAGAGUUAAGCAAGAUAUACGUUGAGUAUAAAGAUAACGUAAACAAUGACAUAACUACUGUUGUUAUCUCAGUCAAACAAUAUCCAAAGGGCUUGACAACAACAUUCUACAAACUCGCUUCAAAUUCUGAUAUGAUAUCUGCAUACAAUGAAUUUAUGGCAAACAGAGAAAAAAGCGGCCAUUCAAUGAUCCAUGAAAUGAGAAUUGGCGUUCCAUUAUAUAGUGGUCACCAAAAUCAGGUUCCAUGGGUCGCAUUAUCAGAAGGAACUUACUUCCCUGAUAAGUCUGGCGAGACUAAAUUCAUCUUCGAACAUGAUGAGGAUAUUUUGCUUUGGAUGUCAGAAAAUUCAUUAACAGGAGAUUUAGAAGAAGAUAAAGAACAUUUAAUUGUCAAUUUGACAGGAUAUAGUGGUACAGCUAAUCCAAGCCAGAACACUAAAUAUAUUAACUUGGAAAAGGACAAGAAAUAUUAUUGGAGAUUAUUCCUCAAGAAUGCUGCUGGAGGAGGAAAAGCUAAUGGCUUUUACAUGAUUAAAAAUGAUACAACCAAAUACAAUAUUCAACCAAACAGAGUCAGACAGUAUAAUGCAGAAUCAUUGAGUGAGCCAGAUCAUCAUCCAUUUAUCCCUAAGUUCAGAGAUAAUCCUUACCAAGAUAACUAUAUCGGAUCUGACUUCGCAAUAAUGCCAAAAGGUUAUGUAACUGUUGUAAGCCACCCAACAUUACACAAUUCUUCAAUUGAUUUGAAUGACUUCCUUUUCGAUGGCUUGACUGAUGAUAAGGGAGAAACAAAUAUUGUUAAAAAUGGCACAGGCCAAACAUUCUAUUAUGAAAUUGAACUCAAGAACGAAACAAGAUGCUCCGGUAUACAUUUCUUUACUAACAAAGGUAAAGCAUUUGUUGGGCAUUUGAAGAUCACAUCCAUUGAUGAGAGUGGAACCAACACUACAAUGCAAAAUGGAAAUGUAAACUUCAAUUCACAAAACUUCUUUGCAUACAGAGAUAGUUCCAAGAAGAUCAAUCCAAAACCAAUCAAGAAGAUAUCAAUCGCUAUGAAACCUAACAAAGAUAACAAUUUCCAAGGCAUUUCUGAAUUCACAUUUUAUGGAGAAUUCUUCUACAAGAACCAGAGAAAGAUUAUUCCAGCAACCCAUACAUUAUUCGCAAAGCAAAAUGGAAGUGUCAUUCUCACAAGAUAUGGCUUGUAUUACAAUGGAAGAGGCCUUAAACUUAAAAAAGACGGCAGAGUUGAUAUUAAACUCGGUCAAUUCCAACAAGGCUCAAACACACUUGGUAUUGUUGGCGAUAAAGAUCCUUAUAACGAGGGCAAAUUCGAUGUUUACAUCGAUGAGGAAUACUACGGAACAGUUAACACACAGCACAUGUAUCCUGCCGAAUUCAAUAAAUUGUCUGGCUCUAAAGCAUAUCAACUUCCUUUAGUCGGAUAUUCCAUCUUAAGAAAUCCAAGAAAUGAAGCAACGACAGCACCAAAGGAUAUCACUGUGUCGUUGAGAUGCACGGCCGGAACUGUCGGCAUUGCAGGCUUGAUUGGUAAUUACACUGUCAAACCAGUUGAUGGAUUUGAUUAUCAAAAGAAUAAAAUCCAAUAUGAUAAAUCAACUGAAAAUUCAAUGCUCGAGGAAGGAGAUUUACGUUCUGAUGAUAACGAAGAUACCAACAACUAUAACGAAUCAAGUUAUGGAGAACCAGUUUUCGUCGAAGAAGGACCCGCAACAAAAGAACCAAAGACUAAGCCAUCGCAACCAGAUAACGCUCCAAAUGAAUCCGGAUAUUCUCCAUCUCAAACAAUUAAUGGAAAGGAUAAUCAAAUUGCAAAAUCCGAUAAUAAGGUACCAGCAAUUGCAGGUGGUAUUGUCGCAGCUUUAGUUGUUGUAGCUUUGGUUGUUGUUGGAGUUAUUUUCUAUAUGAAACAACAUCCAAAGCUAACAUUAUCAGAUGAAUUGGAUAAUGAAGCAGCUCUUGCAGUUUAA